AUACAUUUCGUUCGAAAUUCUAUAAAUAUGAACAACGUGUUACAAAAGUGAUACCAAAUGUUUUUAGAUUUUUUUUAUUACAUAGAUAUACAUAAAAAAAAUUUUUGAAAAUUGUUUAUUUCUUAGUAAUAGAUACGUUGUCAUUAGUGGUAACCUUUGAUUCUUUCAAAAAUGUUUGUUCAAUUAUUGAUGCAGUGGUGUAACUGAAAAAGUAUAUCGUGAACGAAAAACGAAGUUUGGAUUGUUUUCAACAUUGAGAAAAAACAUGUCUUCGUUCAACUUAAGCGAAUUAAAAGAUGUUUUAAAGGAUAAUACUGAAAAAACUGGUGUUUCUUUUGCAGGAAAAUUUCUCAAACUUGAUUCUGAAAAAGAUGCAAUAGAAGUGGUUAAAGCGAUAGAAGAAUGUCCACAUUUAGAAUUCUUCAAUUUAGAAGGGAACACAUUAGGGCCUCUUGCGGCAAAAGCUAUAGCUGAAGCUUUAAAGAAAAAUGGAGCUGCUUUGAAAAGAGCUCUUUGGAAGGAUAUGUUUACUAGUCGUUCUAAAGAAGAAAUUCCUAAAGCGUUGGAAUACCUUGGCGCUUCUUUGUCUACGGCUGGUGCACAACUUACCGAGUUAGAGUUGAGUGAUAAUGCUUUUGGUCCAAUUGGUAUUAAAGGAUUAGCAGAUUUUUUAACUUCAAGUACAUGUUAUUCCCUUCGUGAAUUACAUUUAAAUAACAAUGGACUUGGUAUAUUUGGAGGUAAAAUGUUAGCUAAAGCUUUAUUGGACUGUUGUCAGAAUAGUUCACGUGAUGGAACACAAUUAGCAUUGAAAGUAUUUGAUGUUGGAAGAAAUCGAUUGGAAAAUGAAGGUGCCGAAGCUUUGGCAUCUGUUUUUAAAAAAUUAACUACUUUAGAGGAGGUUGCAAUGCCUCAAAAUAGUAUAACUCAUCCAGGGAUUAUAGCACUUGCUAAAGGUUUAUCUGCUAAUCCAAAAUUACGUGUCCUAAAUCUUAAUGAUAAUACAGUAGGACCUCAAGGAGCUCAAGCUCUUGCCAAUAUUUUACCAAACUUUCAUGCUCUUGAACAUCUUAAUCUUGGAGAUUGUUUGUUAAAAACAGAAGGUAGUUUAAUAUUAGCAGCAGCUUUGGGAAUUAAAGGGAAUCAUCCUUCCCUUAUGGAGUUAAACUUAAGUUUUAAUGAAAUCCAUACAAGGGCAGCUGCUCCAAUUGCUCAAGCAAUGGCUGAUAAAAAACAACUGACUAGUUUACAUUUAGAUGGCAAUUCAUUUGGAACAGAUGGUCGCGCUAUUUUGCGUAAAUGUCUUACAAAUUUCGAACGUAUUGAUUCGUUAGGUACAUUAAGUGAAGAUGAAAGUGAUGAAGAUGAAGAAGAAGGUGAGGAUGAGGAAGAGGAUGAGGAUGAAAACGAAGAUGAGGAUGAAGAUGAGGAGGAAGAUGAAGAUGAGGAUGAGGACGUGAAUGAAGAUUAUACAAAUGACAAUGGUGCUAUAAUAAUAAAAAAAAUUGAAAAGAAAGUAACUGUAACCGAUUUCUUAAAAUCUCCAACAGAAGAAAAAUUAUUAUUAUUGCAAUAUGAGAAUGCACAGCCUUUUGUUGAGUAUGUAAAGGAUUUAGUAAAAGAUAAUGAUACACAAUCAGAAUUCAAGUUCACUGAGGAAUUUAUAAAAAUGAUUAUGAAUGUUUCUGCUCUGUGUGGAAGUGGAUUUUUUGAUGUAAGAAUAAAAGCAGAAACUCUUACAGAUAUUCUAUAUGCAGAGCUUUUUGCAUUUGCUGUGAAAUAUAAUCAAAUUACAAUUUUGAACAAUUCUUUACUUGUAAACUUAGGUUUAAUAAAGAGUGAAGAUAAAACUACUGGAAAAAUUGAUUGGAAUUUAGAAGGUUGUUUUAAAGCAUUGGAGAAAAUCAGCCAAAAAGAGUACUUUUUGCAACAAACAAGGGAUACAUUAAAGCUGUUUUUAGAAAAACCAGUAAUAAUUAGCCACGCAAAAGUAAUAGAUCCUUUCCAAGAUGCAAAGGUUGCUCUCGGAUUUGUAUUAAAUUGUAUUCAAACAACAUAAUUAUUGUGGAAUAUACGUUUAAUGAAAAUUUCGUCAUAUAUUUGCCCAUAUUUACAAUGAGCUAGUUAAUAAAGUAGUUUAUACCCAGAAA